AGUAUGCAGUGCUCACAGGAUAUACUUCGAAUGCUCCUAUCUCUUCAGCCAGUUCUUCAGGAUGCUAUUCAGAAAAAAAGAACAGUAAGGCCUUGGGGAGUUCAAGGUCCUCUCACUUGGCAACAAUUUCAUAAAAUGGCUGGCCGAGGCUCUUAUGGAACUGAUGAAUCCCCAGAACCACUGCCAAUCCCUACGUUUUUGUUGGGUUAUGAUUAUGAUUUUCUGGUGCUUUCUCCAUUUGCGCUCCCUUAUUGGGAGAGACUUAUGCUGGAACCCUAUGGAUCUCAAAGAGAUAUAGCCUAUGUUGUAUUAUGUCCAGAAAAUGAAGCCUUGUUAAAUGGAGCCAAAAGCUUUUUUAGAGACCUCACUGCGAUAUAUGAGUCCUGUCGAUUAGGUCAGCAUAGACCUAUUUCUCGACUGUUGACGGAUGGGAUCAUGAGAGUUGGAUCUACUGCAUCAAAGAAACUAUCAGAAAAGUUGGUAGCAGAAUGGUUUUCUCAGGCAGCUGAUGGUAACAAUGAAGCAUUUUCUAAACUCAAGCUUUAUGCACAAGUCUGCAGAUAUGACCUAGGUCCUUAUCUUGCUUCCCAGCCUUUGGACAGCUCUCUACUUUCCCAGCCAAAUUUAGUUGCCCCUACAAGUCAAUCUUUGAUUACUCCACCUCAGAUGACAAGUACUGGAAAUGCUAAUACUCCAUCUGCCACCCUAGCAUCUGCAGCAAGCAGCACUAUGACAAUGACUUCAGGUGUUACCAUGUCUUCUUCAGUUGCCACAGCUAAUUCAACUUUGACCACAACUUCAACUUCAUCUUCAUCAUCCUCCAACUUGAAUAGUGGAGUAUCAUCAAAUAAACUGCCCUCAUUUCCACCCUUUGGCAGUAUGAACAGUAGUGCCACAGGAUCCAUGUCUACACAAGCAAGUACAGUUCAGAACGGCCAGCUAGGAGGGCAACAGUCAUCAGCUCUACAAACAGCAGGGAUUUCUGGAGAAUCAUCUUCACUUCCCACUCAGCCUCAUCCUGAUGUGUCUGAAAGCACGAUGGAUCGGGAUAAAGUGGGUAUCCCCACAGAUGGUGAUUCACAUGCAAUCACUUAUCCACCUGCAAUUGUUGUUUAUAUAAUUGACCCUUUUACCUAUGAAAAUAAAGAUGAGAGCACUAAUUCUUCUAAUGUAUGGACUUUGGGGCUACUUCGAUGCUUUCUGGAAAUGGUCCAGACUCUUCCUCCUCAUAUUAAGAGUACUGUUUCUGUACAGAUUGUUCCUUGUCAGUACCUGUUGCAACCUGUGAAACACGAAGAUAGACAAAUCUAUACCCAGCAUUUAAAAUCCCUGGCUUUUUCGGCCUUUACCCAGUGUCGGAGACCACUUCCAACAUCAACCAACGUGAAAACAUUGACUGGCUUUGGUCCAGGCUUAGCCAUGGAAACUGCUCUUAAAAGUCCUGAUAGACCAGAGUGUAUUCGACUUUAUACACCACCUUUUAUUCUGGCUCCAGUGAAGGAUAAACAGACAGAGCUAGGAGAAACAUUUGGAGAAGCUGGACAGAAAUAUAAUGUUCUUUUCGUGGGCUACUGUUUAUCACAUGAUCAAAGAUGGAUUCUUGCAUCUUGCACAGAUCUAUAUGGAGAACUUUUAGAGACUUGUAUCAUUAACAUCGAUGUCCCAAAUAGGGCUCGUCGGAAAAAAGGAUCUGCUAGAAGGUUUGGUCUACAGAAACUUUGGGAGUGGUGCUUAGGACUUGUACAAAUGAGUUCAUUACCGUGGAGAGUUGUAAUUGGCCGCUUAGGAAGGAUUGGUCAUGGAGAAUUGAAAGAUUGGAGCAGUUUGCUGAGUCGUCGAAACUUGCAGUCUCUAAGUAAAAGGCUCAAAGACAUGUGUAGAAUGUGUGGUAUAUCUGCUGCAGACUCUCCCAGCAUUCUCAGUGCUUGCUUGGUAGCAAUGGAACCCCAAGGCUCUUUUGUUAUUAUGCCAGAUUCUGUGUCAACUGGUUCUGUGUUUGGAAGAAGCACCACUCUAAAUAUGCAGACAUCUCAGAUGCUAAAUACCCCACAGGAUACAUCAUGUACUCAUAUACUCGUGUUCCCUACUUCGGCUUCUGUGCAAGUAGCUUCAGCUACUUAUACCACUGAAAAUUUGGACUUAGCCUUUAAUCCCAACAAUGAUGGAGCAGAUGGAAUGGGUAUCUUUGAUUUAUUAGACACAGGAGAUGAUCUUGACCCUGAUAUCAUUAAUAUUCUUCCUGCAUCUCCAACGGGGUCUCCUGUACAUUCUCCAGGAUCUCAUUACCCCCAUGGAGGUGAUGCUGGCAAGGGUCAGGGUACUGAUCGACUACUUUCAACAGAAUCUCAUGAUGAAGUAACUAAUAUUCUUCAGCAACCAUUGGCCCUUGGUUACUUUGUAUCAACUGCCAAAGCGGGUCCGUUACCUGACUGGUUCUGGUCAGCAUGUCCUCAAGCACAAUAUCAGUGUCCCCUUUUUCUUAAGGCCUCUUUGCACCUCCACGUGCCUUCAGUGCAAUCUGACGAGCUGCUUCACAGUAAACACUCCCACCCACUUGACUCAAAUCAGACUUCAGAUGUCCUCAGGUUUGUUUUGGAACAGUACAAUGCACUCUCCUGGCUAACCUGUGACCCUGCAAUCCAGGACAGACGCUCAUGUCUCCCAAUUCAUUUUGUGGUGCUGAAUCAGUUAUAUAACUUUAUCAUGAAUAUGCUGUGAUCUUCAUUCGAUGGAACUGUGCAAGAAAAGAACAAGGAAAAAAGAUAUUUCGCUGCAAGAUUAAGUUACAGUUAUCUUCUCAGUGAAAGUCAUCUGUGAUGGGGUCUAAUUCUUAUUACUUCAACAAAUAUUGUUUUGACUUGGGGGGGGCUAUAACCCUGCUAUUUUUCAUUGACUAUACUGAACUCUUUAGGAUGAUGACUGAUCAUACAAAACGUAUUAUAACAGUUUCAUAGCAAAAUUAACCUUUUUUUUUCCAGUCACAGUAUUUGUGAAAAGUAAUGAGCCAUAGUACCCAGUCAUAUUAAAUGAAUAUUAAAAGCAUGGAGAGGAAACAUGAGGAACAAUGAAUUUCAACAUAUGGCUUCAGAACAUCAAGAUGUUCUUGUAUUGGAUUAUAGUAUCUAGUAUUCAAAAAUGCCUGCAUCUCUUAUUUAUUGUAAGUUUUUAAAUGUAUAAAUUGUCUUAUAUUUCUUAACCUCUUUUAUAAAAAUUUUCCUAGAAGGUUUAUACUGCCUUCUUGCUUUAAAGCAAUUGGUCUAAAAUAUAUGUAAUCGUCUUAAUUAAAAAGUUGCAGUAGGGUUGCUUUUAGAGUAUUAUUUUUUUGUAAGGGGGUGGGUGGGACAGUAAAUUUGUAUUGUCUCGAUGUACAGUUUAAUGGGGAUAGAGGGGGAAUAAUGUCCAUACCAUUGUGUGUGGAGGAUUUACAGCUAAGCUGUAGUUGCAGAGUACAUGUACAGUAAUGAAGUUCACUGUGUUUAUAAAUUGAAAAGGUACUGGGUCUUACAGCAUUUUAUAUAUCACACCUUUACAGAAUAACAUGAUGGCAAUAUACAAGUGAUAUUGUUGGGUGGUUUAACUUAGAAUAAAAUGAGAAUUCUUCAGUUAUAUUUUGUACUAUGGUUUAGGGCUAUGACUAAUAUUUCAGGCCAUUUCCAGUGAAAGAAACUUAGUUUUACAAGAAAAACAUUUGCUACUGAAUGCUUAAACUAAUUUUGGUGUUUAAUGUUACAUGCUUAAAUGUUUUUGUUUUUGGGGGUUUUUUUUUCAGUUUUGACAGUGGCACAUCUAGGCAUGGGAAUAUUAUUAAUUACGAAAAUUAUCUUCAGGAUCUGCUAUAAGGUUGAAAUUUAGCCCAGCUCUAGGCAUUUUACAAAUUAUUUUAAGAACAGUCACUCUGAUUGGUUGACUUUUUUUGUUUUUUAAAUUAAAGAUUGGGAAUGUGUGUGAGAGUAUGCAUAUGUAUGGGUGUGUGUGUGCAAUCAAACUGUGGUGUAAAUAGAUUCUCAGUGAAUUCUGGUAUUCAGACUCUAUUCCACUAGUUAAAAAACCAUUUUCUAAACUUAACCUGUUUCCUUUUGCCUUUUUUAUUUAUUUAAUUUUCUUGGUUUGGAGAUGGCAGUCCCAAACACCAGAGUCUGUACUUUUCUAUUACACAGCUCAGAUUAAGGCAGGGCAUAUGCCAAGGAGGUUCUCACCUCCCUAAAGAAGGGACUUGAAUUUUAGGGACUUUAAUUCACCCCUUCCUUCAAUACAGCUUUCCCCCUUCUUGUUUGCACAUGCCAAGAGAAAUGCUUUUAUGCAGACUUUACCCCCUUAAAAUGUUGUUUCUACAGUGCUGCUCACAGGAGAGUCCAAGUUAGCCUCCUACCUAUGUUGCUGACUUGAAUUCACAGUCACCAAGUCUACCUAUCUUUCUUGGAAGCAGUCUAGCAAAAUUCGGAAUUUGUACAUUCACUAAUUCUCCACAAAGACAAAAUCAGUUGUAUUUACAAAACUGUAAUUCGGUAUGUUUUGUUUUGUUUUUACUGAAACUUGUUUUGUAAAUACUAUAUGCUUAGCUUAAAUAUCACUUUCUUAUAAACAAUAUAACUUCUUCAAAUUGUGUAUAUUGAAACAUUAGCAAGUCUUGUUUUUUCUAUGAAGAACACAACUGGUGACAAAGGUUUUCAAUCAUUUCUUCAAAAUUACAAUGCAAUUCCAGUGGUCAGCAUUUUUGAAAUUAAAAUUUAAAGAUCUCAUCUCUGCAUUCAUUGUUAAAUUAUGCUAGCACACUACAGAUUAUGUUGGCAUGUUUUGUUCUGUACUUAAAAAAAAAAAACUUGUCUGAGAUUUGAGGGAAAAGAUGCUUAUUUGGAAUUUCUUUAAAAAGUAUCCUUUUUAAAAUAUACUUAGCUCAGUAGUGACUUUUAAAAAUAAAAACUGUAUUCUCAGUUGUUUACUGUCACUAGCUUAUAGUAACCACACCUCAGUUUUGAAAAUAGAUUUUUAAAAAAUUACUCCCUGACAGUUUCUUUUAUAUGGAGCCAUAAGGAAGGAACGCAGUAUACAAUUCCUUUUUAUCUGGGAAUCAGGGAGUAGUUCCCAAAUAUACAGGAUUUACUGAUAAGAUUUUUUUUCUUCCCUUCAUAUAUAAAUUCACACUUAAAUAGAAAAUUGCUAAAUAGCCAUUAGAAAAGGUCAGGAGACUUAUUUCAGAAAAAAAAUUAAGCCUUUUGUGCAGGAUGAUGGAUCUGACUUACUAAUGUACUGUCACAGACAAGUAUGGGUAGUAUUUUUUUGUUUGUUUAAAUGGUAAGCAAAAUAAUAUAUUCUUUAUACCAGUUGAUCACCAACACCUUGACUUCUUUGUUACAGUGCUAAUGUCUGUUUUUUGUGCAGUUAUCCAUUACCAAGCAGGGUGGAAGUUCAGUAUUUUGGCAUUUAAAAAGAUUAGUUAUAUAAUGUCUGCUUCCAACCAGUGAGAAACAUCUAGCCAUACUUUCUUAUGCAAGCCAUUCAGUUAUCAGGACUGUGAAUUAACACUGUAUGAAUAAAUUUCUGUACACCUUAUUGUUUGGCCAGAAGGCCACCAAGUGUACUUAUAUGUAAUCCUUAAAUUUUAAAGUAGCUGUAAUUUUUAAAUCUUUCUAAACUUUUCUUAAACCACUAAAAUUAAGCUCUUACUACUUAGUCAACUAUCCUCAGCUGUAUUCGUACUCAAUUGUCAGUAUGGCACAGAUUACUGUAUUAAAAUAUUCUCCUUCCGUCUUCGUAUUUACCUUCUGAGGUAAUUUUUUAACUUAAUGUGUUACUACAAAGAUUUGCAGAUCUUUAAUCAAGCACUAUGUUAAUACUGUAAUAUCAAAAUACUAUGUUGCAUUAUUUAAAAUGUUCAAAUUGAAUACAUUAAAAGGAAGUUUUUAAAUGCUGUCGCAUCAUAUAAUUUGCUCUUCAUCUACUAUGGCAUCGCAUAUCAGUCUGUUAAUACAUUUAAUGUUGCAUGAGUAAUGUUUUGGUCUGGGUUUCCUCUUAAGAUUUUAGUUUGUCUAAAUUAAGGAAAAAUGUUUUUGACAUACUUCUUUUUUUUUUUUUUGGCCCCGCUCUCCUCCUCCUCCACUCUCCCCUCAAUCCCCCAAUCAGCUGGAAAUCUUAACCUUCUGGUUUUUCUUGGUGUUUUAAUGGGCCCAGAACUGUGGUUUAAAUUUUCAUAUGUGUUUUCUCUUUUGUGGAGUAUUAAUUAAAAAACUGGAUUUGGGACCUAAAAUACUCCUCAGGUUGAUGUAUUCAUGAAGUUUUAAAAUAGCUUUAGUUUUCAAAGUAAACUGGAUUUGUGGACCUUAAAGUUACUGAGUUUAAACUACAAAUUGUAACGUCAUUACUGGACAUGUCAGCAUCAACUCUCUCCAAAUAGCUUGGUCACUUUAUGAAGGGGCGUUUUAAAGUUGUUGUUUAGCAGUGACAUUUAAUAUGGUCCAAUUGCUUUUUUUUUUUUUAAUGUGACAAAAAAAGAAUAAGGAACAAACACUAUUGCUGCCGAAUGCCAUAACACUGAGUUGUACAAAUUGUGAUUGAGGAAAUGAAAAGGUUUAUACUUUUUAAAAAAAAAAAAAAACUUCAAAUGGAAUAAAUUAUUCAUGAAGCCUUCA